UUUCAUUCGUAAGGAGUCCAUCAGUUCCCUCACCAAGAAGGACAUCGACUUUUUUCGUGGAGGAAAGAGGACCUAAACGGUGCCUGCCUCGAAAUUCAAUGACGGAAUAACCCAAUGAGAGUAAUCUAUCAAACCCUAAUCAGCCUCAGCCAGCCCGGUUCUUUUUGCGGUGUAUGUGCACCUCGCCUAAACGGGAUUGAAGCCUAUGCGUAAGGAGGAUAAGCAUUUAAUUAUGAACUUGAACACUUUGAUAAAAGUAUGUGGAGCAAUGGCUGGGUGGUCAUCUAUCGGUUUACAAUGAUAUAAAGCACAUACCCGCAGCAUCUUGAUCAAUAGCCUAUCAUCUCCUGAAAUCUGCUCUUAGAAUAGGAAUACAAUUGUAUGAUUUGUUAACAGUCUAGCGUAUAUGGUCAGCAUGUGGACGCUCAUUUGUUCUGUUUUGAAAGAGACCCGUUCAUUCCUUGCCACUGGAAGGCAAACCGAAACCGCACCAUGGUUUGAUACUCCUUGAAUAGGCUACUCACCCCUGCAUAUACUUGCUACAGAAGGCUACGGCCCGGUGUUGGAAUUACAAUUGGAUUCAAAGAAAUUCUGUAAAACAAUCCAAUGGACAAUUACUCACAUCUACAACUGCAGUGUCUGGAGAUGACGACUAAGAGGAAGAUCAUUGGGCGCCUGGUGCCGUGCCGGUGCUUCCGGGGUGAGGAGGAGGUCAUCUCAGUGCUGGACUACUCCCACUGCAGCCUGCAGCAGGUGCCCAAGGAGAUCUUCAGCUUCGAGCGCACGCUGGAGGAGCUCUACUUGGACGCCAACCAGAUCGAGGAGCUGCCCAAGCAACUAUUUAACUGUCAGGCUCUCCGGAAGCUGAGCAUACCUGACAAUGACCUGUCAAACCUACCAACCACCAUAGCCAGCCUUGUAAACCUGAGGGAGUUAGACAUCAGUAAAAACGGUAUUCAAGAGUUCCCAGACAACAUUAAAUGCUGUAAAUGCCUAUCUGUUGUGGAGGCCAGUGUAAAUCCUAUUACCAAGCUCCCAGAGGGCUUCACCCAGCUCCUCAACCUGACACAGCUCUUCUUAAACGAUGCCUUUCUGGAAUACCUCCCCGCCAACUUUGGGAGACUUUCCAAGUUACGGAUCCUGGAACUGCGAGAGAACCACCUGAAAACGAUGCCAAAGUCAAUACACAGACUGUCACAGCUGGAGCGAUUAGACUUGGGAAGCAAUGAAUUCACUGAACUGCCUGAAGUCCUGGAGCAGAUCCAUAACCUAAAGGAGCUGUGGAUGGACAACAACUCACUGCAGACAAUACCUGGGUGUAUAGGGAAGCUGAGGCAUCUGCGCUACCUGGACCUGGCUAAAAACAGGAUUGAGAGCCUGGACACUGACAUCUCUGGCUGUGAGUCCCUGGAGGACCUCCUGCUCUCCUCCAACAUGCUGCAGCAUCUGCCUGACACCAUAGGAAUGUUGAAAAAGCUCACAACGUUGAAAGUCGAUGACAACCAGCUCACCUCACUGCCUAACACCAUUGGAAGUGGACGCGCCAAAUUAGGUUUAUCGCUUUUAGAGGAGUUUGACUGCAGCUGUAAUGAAUUGGAGUCCCUUCCCCCGACCAUUGGCUACCUGCACAACCUCCGCACGUUUUCUGCUGAUGAGAACUUCCUUGUUGAACUACCCAGGGAGAUUGGGAACUGUAAGAAUGUGACAGUCAUGUCGUUGCGCUCCAAUAAGCUGGAGUUUCUACCUGACGAGAUUGGGCAGAUGACCAAGCUACAUGUUCUCAAUUUAAGCGACAAUAGAUUAAAGAACCUUCCAUUCACUUUUACAAAACUAAAAGAUCUUGCUGCUCUUUGGCUAUCAGACAAUCAGUCCAAGGCCCUGAUCCCCCUCCAGACAGAGGCCCAUCCAGAGACCAAGCAGAGGGUCCUCACCAACUACAUGUUCCCUCAGCAACCACGACAUGAUGAGGACUACCAGUCAGACAGUGAUAGCUUUAACCCCACCUUAUGGGAGGAGCAGCGCCAGCAGAGGAUGACUGUAGCCUUCGAGUUCGAGGAGAAGAAGGAGGAGGAGGACAACUCUGGAAAAGUCAAGGUUGAGAUUAAUCUGAAGCGCUACCCUACACCGUACCCAGAGGAUCUGAAGAGCAUGGUGAAGUCAGUGCAGAACAUGGUGGGCAAGAACCAGCAUCCCCUCAGCACUGGUACUAACUCCUCUGGUACCAACAUGGAGUCACGAAAACAAGAACAGUAUGAGACCCCCUGGCCCAUGCCCCCCAAAGAGGUGAUGGAGAGAGAGAUGAAAGAGAGAGAAAGAGAGUUCAACAAGACUCAGAUGGCAGAGCAGGGCAUAAUCCACAACUCUGCCAUUGACAUCCCAAAGCGCAAGGACAAGGAGGAUCUGACUGAGAGCUCAGAGAUUUCUUUACAUCGCGUCGUUCCCAAGCUGCCACAGCCAGAGAAUACGUCAUCGGCCGUUACAGCUUCUUCCUGUUUCUGCCUCAUAGAUUCUAUGGGCGGCUCUCCGAAUGACAUCCGUAUCUCUGAUAUGAGGCCCACCCUGGUGGAACCGCCCAUGUACAAACCAAAAGUUGUAUUACUAGGGAAAGACAAGAAAGAAUCUAUAGAUGAGUCAGACCCAGAUAAGAUGCAUUGCCUGAACAACAGUGGCUCGUCAGCCACCUACUCAGACUACUCUCCGUCCCAGGGUUCUUCUGGCUCCUCCAACCCCCCGGGGAAUGUGGCCACCCUGCAGGCUGCUGGGAAGGAUGGAGGAGUGCCUCAACAACACUGGACCAACAGGCUGGCCCAGCAGUUCCCCAAGCCCAUUGAGACCAAGCCCUUACUGAGAGACCCCAGAGAGACCCCUCCCUCCAGCACACUGCAGCAGCGCAGCGAGCGACGCCCCCUCAGCGACACCUUUGACCAGUGGAACGACACCUCCCACUACGACAAUACAGGCUUCGUGUCUGAAGAGGCUCCUCUGGAGACCCCCAGUGGUAGCAGCAGUGGUAACCCCAUGCUGGGCUCAAAGUCCUGCAGCGCCUCCACCUCCCACGGGGGCCGCCGGCCCCUCAUGAGGCAGGAGCGCAUCGUGGGCAUCCCCCUGGAGUUGCAGGAUGCCCCUCACCAACACCAACACCCCUCCCACCAAUUCCAUAAUGUCCGCAACACGCCCGAAGCUGAAAUGCCUCAGCCUCCCACCCCCAACCCGUGGCAGAACUGGACGAGGACGCCCAGCCCCUUCGAGGACCGCACAGCUUUCCCCUCCAAACUGAGCUCCCCAUGCAACAGCCCCAAUCCUGACCGCAAGGACUUUGAGCAGGAGCUGCCGGGCACGUUCCCCUCCACAGGGACGUGGGGUUACUUAGACUCCAGAAACUCAGGGCAGGGGCAGGGGCGCAGCAGCCAGCAGGCCAACAUGUCCAACAUGUACCAACAUGUCGAAUCCAAGCCCACUAGACCAAGCUCUGGGGCCAUGGUGAUGAGCAAGAGCUCUGAGCGCCUCUUUCCCAUGAUGAAGGAGGUGAAGGCUAAGUUCAAGAAGUCCCAGAGUAUUGAUGAGAUAGACAUGGGCUCCUACAAGGUGUACAGCAUUCCCGUGGACACCUACAGCUCCAGCAUAGAGAACCAGGGGAGUGUUGACCGUGCAGACAUGCCAGCCCCCAUGGAGCAGAGCAUGUCCCGGAGCAAGUCUGCCCCCAUGCUGGACGAUGAUGAUGCCUACGGAACUAAUAGCCAGCAGCAGAAGCCUGCCAUCCCCAAGAAGGUCUACCACUUCGACCAGAGCUUCAACCCUCAGGGGGCUAUGGAUAUGAGGAAUCAGCAGCAGGAGAGGAGGGCCCCUCCGCCCUUCCCGAACACCCCUGAGUAUGUCAACCAUCCGGGGAAGACCCUGCCCAAGGAGCUGGUGAGCCCCAGGGGUUACCGGGGUUACCCUCCCAUGGACCAGAUGUUCUCCUACUCUCAGCCCUCAGUCAACGAGGAGAACCAGCCACCCCAGCAGCAGCAACCCUUCCCCAUUCCCAGUCAGCGCUCCCGGCCUGGGUUCCUGAGGCGGGCCGACUCCCUGGUCAGCUCCACAGAGCUGGCCCUGUUCCGCAGGGUUCAGGAGGCCCAGGAGAUGCAGCAGAAGUCGGACCACUAUGGCCGGCAGCACUUCAAAGGCAUGCUGGAGCACCAGAACAGUCUGGCCAGCAUGGCCCAGCAGGACCAACAGUACAACAAGAGGAAUGGCAGGUACGAGGAAGACUACUCCUCCUACCAGGAGCCCAAGAAGCCCAUCAUGGGCUACCCCACUAAGAGCCUGACACAGCGGCGGCCUCUGUCGGCCAGGAGUUACAGCACGGAGACGUUCGGGGCGUCCCAGGCCAGGCCUGUGUCUGCCAGACCCACCAUGGCUGCCCUGUUGGAGAAGAUGCCCCCAGAUUAUAAUCUGAGCACUUGCACUGAGAAUAUAAAGAGCCCUGAUGAGAUGAAAAUGCGCACCAUGCAGCUGCAGCAUAAGCCUGACGAUAUGUCCUCUAACAUGCCAGUAGACUGGAGGCAACAGCUGCUUAGACAUAUAGAGGCCAAACGAAUAGACCGGAGCGCUGUCCUUAAGCACAACACAGUAAACUUCGGCAUGCUGUGCUCUGGAGGCUAUGCUGCACCGCAUGCAAGCAGAAGCAUGACAAUAAACUUUUACAAUAACAUGAAUAAGCAUGAAAACCAAACAACACAGUGGCUACCUCUACCCAAUACCCCCUCUCAACAGAGCAAUAUAUUAGACAACGGCCAGGAGGUGGUCUCUCCCACUACUCAGUGGGCCCCCUACUCACUGGGCAGGAGAGACGUGCCCCCAGAAAACAUCAUGAAAAAGCUUCCUGACUCUUUGCCUAACGGGUUGAAUUACCCACAGGCAGGCGGCCACCACCCCCACCCCCACCAAUCACAGACCAUGAUCGUGACGUCCGCAUCGGCCACACCCCCACACCGCUCGGUGCGGGACCAGCAGUACGAGGGCGCCAUCAACAAGAUCUCCAUCCAGCAGUACCAGUCUCCUCUGCCCAUGGCCACCACCACCCGGCCCCAGAGCGCACGCUGCCUCAUACAGACCAAAGGCCAGAAGAGCAUGGACGACUUCCAGGAGCAGUUCUGUCUGCGGAUAGAGAAGAAUCCAGGUUUAGGGUUCAGCAUCUCAGGGGGAAUCAGUGGCCAAGGGAACCCCUUCAAGCCUUCUGACAUGGGUAUCUUUGUUACUAGGGUACAGCCUGAUGGACCGGCCUCCAACCUGCUACAGCCUGGGGACAAAAUACUGAAGGCCAAUGGACAUAGUUUUUUACACAUGGAACAUGAAACUGCUGUGUCUCUUCUGAAGAAUUUCCAGAAAACUGUGGACUUGGUAAUCUUAAGGGAGAGCACAAUUUAAAUAUUUUUUAUAACAUUAGUGCUUCUCACCCAAACGGGUUGUGGAAAUGUGUAAAACCGGUUUUUAUCUAGGAACAGUGACAUUUGCCGAUUGCUGGACCAAUGGCAAAUACUAGUGCCAAAUGUACUAUAGGAUACAUAUCUUAUAACCUAUCUAUUAAUUUUAUGUAAACAGGAAUUGUAUCUCUUGAGUUGAUGUGAACGAAAGUAAUUUUUGUCAUUCAGACUGAGGCUGUAGGUUGGAGCAAUUUUCUUAGUUUUUAUUUGGACAUUUUUUGCGUAUUUAUAUUGCCUUUUAUUUUGUACCUUUUUCAUUGUAGCUUCUCAUUUUACUCUCGAGCAUGAAAACACACUAGCUCUUUAGGAAUUACAUUCACCAUAAACACUGCCUCAACUUUGUAUAUGCCUUGGGUAAAUAUUUUCAUUUACAAUAAAGACAUGAACAGUAGCGAGAGGAAUGGUACAGAAAAUACAUUUUUUCAAUGUUCUUGAAUUGUUGAAAUUAAUUGUGUAAAAAAAAUCCUACCUUAAUACAUGGCCAAUUUAUCAACAGUAUAAAAAAUUAAAAAAUCAUUAUAGGUUUUCCCACUGGUUUAUUUCAUGAAUGUAUUAACACUAUAUUGAUCGUUAUUCCCAACCAGUCACUACAUUCUAUAAGGUAGAUUUUUGGUAGUUGCUCAAUAAUGUAUAUGUUUGCACAAAUGAGCUACAUUUUAAAAGUAGAGCAAUAUUCUAUCCCACAUCUGAAAGUAUUUUUGAUUACAAGACUACCCUAGAGGGCCAUCUGCUGGCUACAUUAUGUGUUUACACGUAUGUACUGUAAUUGCUCCAAGGAGUAUGUAAUGUCACAUACCUCCACAUUCAUCUCCUAAAGAAUUUACAUACAGAAAAGUUGUAACAUUGUUUCUCUUCUGUUUAUGUAUUUUAUUUAAUUUUUUUCGCACUGAUUUGAAGUGGUGUGAGUCAUUUUACUGAGCUUUUCAGCACCACUCUGUAGAACACAAAAUUACUUUUGAUGUCUUCAUUUUAAGCACAGUUUAUUAUGAGAAUGUGCUAUUGGAAAAGUAUUCAUGUGAGAAUUAUGUAUAAUUUUUUAAACAAUGCUACUGACCAGAAUAGCCAUUUCACUUUGUUCCAUUUCUGGAUGGAUGUUCAUUUUAAGUUCUGAUGUUACAGCAUGCUUUCAUGUUUAUAAUGAUCUUUGGAUCUAUUUUUGGGAUACAUUCUCUGUGUUCAAAUUUUAGGGUCUCUCUCAUAAAUACAUUUCUCUCAUUGCAAACCGGUGAGGUUUGCAAAGAGACAAAUUUUUACAUUGUGACAUUUGAUGCCAUUUUAUUACAAUCAAAAACAUACACCUUAUGAGCCCUAACAAUGUUUCAUAACUAUUUUUGUCAAAUGUAGCAUCAAUUGUGACAUUCUUGAGCAAAACCAAGCACCUAUAACCCUAUGGAGGGACCCUGGUUGAAUUGAAUUUGUGCCAAGCUAAGCUGGUAUGUGGUACUUCAAUAUCCAGUCAAUUAUGAGUUAAAAUGUUCAAGAUAUUGUGAGAUAAUAUAAUUAUUUUUAAUAAAUGUUUUCAGGUUAUUAUUCAUAAUUUAUUGAUAUACCUUAGCUUUGCUCAAAUUGCGCGAUUUUAUAAGGACAAUGAAAAAGUAUGGAUGAAGUACUUAUGACUUGGAGAAUAAAAGCUGUACUAUCAAAUGUAUAAAACAUAUUUCUACAGUAAUUGUGAAUUUGUGUUAUACAAAUAUAUUAUAUAUGAAUAUAAAAAUGGUCAUUUUUGUAUAUGUUUAAAAUACAAUUAAAUAUUUAAAAAAGCGAAUAUAUGGUACUAUUCAGUCUAAUUGCAGUGUUGAUGUAAAUAAUUGUGACUGAAAACACAUUGAGAUAAUUUAUUCCUAUAGAUUGUGAAUGUACUCCAAGAUUUUGCAGUAUGAAGACUAACUGGACUUGAAUGCUGCUUCAUUUUUUGUGCUAAAAGUAAUUUUAACUAUUGAAAGAGAAUUAUUCUGUUUAGUUGGACAAAUUUAGUGACACUUUAUUAUACUAUUUAUUUGCACAUGCAAGUUUAAUCCUUCCAUUUCUUUUUAUGUAUUAACACAAAGACGUAAUUGUUGAAGUGUAU